AUGACCACUUCCAUAGGAACAGGCACGGAAGAUACACUCUCGUCCAGUUCUAAUGACGAGGUCCAAAUUCUCAAUCCGGCAAUGCUAAGCACCUCCAGCUUCCCGCAAUUCAACAAGUUUCCUCCUGAGGUUCGCGAUAAGAUCUGGAUACAAUCCCUAAACCACGAAAGAAUCCUCAAAAUUUAUAGCGAGGAAAACCGUGUCGAAGUCAGAGAGCGCAUCGCCAUGAGCAAGCUCUUUGUUACCAACCGCGAAUCUCGUGCCGCCGCCAAGAAAUUCUACCGCGUUCAUAUCCCCUGCACAUAUGUCCAUAUGACCAGCACCUACGAUGGCAUCCUUUACGUUAACCCAGAGCUCGACAUUAUACACGUUUCCCAGUGGAGUUAUUUCCCAGAACUCGCACAUCAUAUCUGGAGACUUGAUCCACUUCACGUCGGCAUUGUCAACUUGGCUCUGCAGACCUAUGGGAGCUGUUGCAGAUAUUAUAUUUUCAGCAGCUCAUUCGAGACAGACUGUGACUUGGAAAAUGUCAAGGCGGCAGUCCAGCGGUUGAAAAGAUUCAUCUUCGUAUGUCAUGGCGUGUAUGAUUCUGAAACCUGCCAAUACCGGGAAAACCGCCGAAGACCCGACCGUGCCAUUGCCAGCAGCCCUUUUGUGCCUGUCAAACCACAUGUCCCUGUAUUUCAGAUCAUGAAGCAGGACCCCAGGGCCGUGGGCGACUUUCUUGAUGGUGUAGAUCUCGACGAAUUGCUGAGGCUACCAGCUGUUGUGAACGAUUGGUUCAAACAUCUUGAAGAAUGGGGGAUUAAUAACGACCCUGCAGUUCUCUACCAGAUCAUGAUGAGCUACCCAGAUUGUGAUCCGGAGAUCAUUGUUAGAGAGAAUGCAUGCUGGGCGCAUGAUGUGAGCGAUCAGCCGUCGGGUCUAUCAACUCCAAAUAGCACCCUUACAAAGUCAGUUCAGGCAGUAUACCAUAGAAAGGAUGCAAUCACAUUUGCUGAGAAUGAAAUGGAGGAAAGGAAACGCAUUUUGGACGAGAUUUUAGAAGAUGAAAGCGAGCUGGACGAUGAGGACAUUGAGGACAUUGAGAAGAUAUUCAGACAGGAUGUGGCGCCGGCGUUUGGAUUUUGGCUCUUCCCCUUGGAAGCAAUCCAUGGGUCGAUGCUUACACCUAACUCAGAGAUGCGUAUCGGGGACUUCUACACCGAACUACAGAAACAGUUCAAAAAGCAUACUCCGCAACUAUGUCUGUCUCACCUUCCGGGCCACAAUCCUCAGAUCCUCAAUACUCAUGAGCGUACUGAGAAAGAUUAA